AUGACAAAACUCAUGGAUUGUGUUGAGGCGCUUCAGAAGAGAAAAGCUGCACUAGUGCAAACCAUUUUUGAGGAAUACAAUAAUGCUACUAAUAACACUAUGUUGGUAACUGAUUACAAUUUCUUGCUUGAUACGCUACCACAGGGAGUUGUAAAUGACCUUCAUGAAGCUGUCAAAUCUGCAGUGGCUGUUGGAUUUGUGAAGGAAUGCUCUGAUGCCUACAUCGAUUGCCGGAGGGAAUUCUUGGAGGAGUGUCUAGCAAGAUUGUUGGAGUUGGACACUGUCAAGAUUGACCACCCUAACACACUACCAACUCCAUAUUUCAUGGUUAAGAGAUGGGCUGAAACUUGCAAUGUUGCAUUCAAAAUACUGUUUCCAUUCGAAAGACGACUCUGCGAUCGUGUCUUCUUUUGGCUACGCUCAGUUUCUGAUGUUUGUUUUGCAAAUAUUUGCCGGGAAUCCACGACUCAGCUGUUAAAUUUUGCUGAUGCCUUUACAAGUACAUUGUUUUGUGAUAGCCUCACUAUGUUCUUGGUGAUGGAAGCUAUUACAAUCCAGAACAACUUGAGAGAAGCAAUAGAGGGUUUUUACACGGAGGUGAAGAAUAUCAUUUUCCGUAGUAAGAAGGCUAAGUUUGUUUUUCCCAAUGGCGGAAUUCAUCCAUUAACAAUGGAUGUCCUGGCAUAUGUCGAGUUAUUUUGCAAGAAAUCCGAGCCAUUUUUACAAAAUUACGUGCAGGGUUCUGAUAGAGCUGGAACAUCGUUUUCAUUCUCUGUGGAGAUGGUUUCUAUGUUGAAGAUUUUAGAGAGAAAACUGAGAACUAAAUCCAAGAACUACAAGGAUCCUGCUUUGUGCUAUUUCUUCAUGAUGAUUAAUAGAAGGUACAUACAAAACUUUGUAAAGCAACGGCAUUUCGUAACCCAUUUGUGCAAUGAUUGGGUCCAAAAUAAUACACAGAAAGCUGAGGAAAACCUUGAGCUCUAUUACAAAAGCUCAUGGAACAUGGUGGUUGAUUAUCUGAAGCUGUACAACGAUGAGUCUUUGGUGCCUCCUGUUCCUGCUGAAUCAAUGAAAGAGAAACUUAUUUUGUUCAAUUCACACUUCAGGAAGAUAUGCACUCUUCAAUCUACAUGGUUUGUUGGUAAAGAGCAACUUAGGAAAGAAAUAAUAACAUCCGUAGAGAACAUGUUGCUUCCAGCAUAUGGAAACUUCAUUGGGAAGUUCCAUAAUGUUCUUGCUGCAGAUGCAUAUGAGUAUAUAGAGUACGGAAUGUUUGAUAUACAAGCUCGACUUAACGGUUUAUUUAGAGGAAGUAUGAAUUAGGAAGGUAGCAGAAAAAGAAACAAAUAGAAAAUUUGUAUGAAUGA